CAGAAAUCCCCCCCUCGAACAGAACCGCGGCGGAGGAGCGGAGCCAUGGCGGGGAUCCUGGCGUGGGCGGCCGACGUGGUCGGCGGCGCCGACCUCAGCGACGACGAGGCCGCCGCCGCCGACGGCGCGCGCGCGGCGGCCAUGACCCCGGAGCAGCGGCUCCGCGCGGCGGACCUGGACGCGCGGGCGUCAUCGCUGCGGCGCGCGAUCCAGGACCUGCGCCUCCGCGUGCCCCCGCCGCACGUCGCGCAGCGGCUGCCGCACCUCCACGCCCACUCGCUCGCCUCCUCCGCCGCCCUCGCGCUCCAGCUCAACGCCCACUCCUCCACCAAGGAGCAGGCACUGCAGAGAGAGAUAGCAAUUCAAGAAGAAAAUACUGCCUACGAGAAGGCUAUAUCAGAUUGCCGACAGAAGAUUCAGGAAAAACAGAUGGAGGCCACUCUGCUUCAGAGUAAUUUGAAGGAAAUGGAGAUUGCAGAGCUGGAUUUAAAGGCAAAGGUUGACGAUGUUAGUAAGGAGCAAGAGGCUACUCAACAUAAAGCAUCAGCGGCUACUUCUGAAGCUACUGGAAAUGCUCUGCUAGAAGCUGAAUCAUUGAUUAAUCUCAAGUCGAAAGACUUGGAAGAGAAGAAGGGAGAGUUGAAAUUAUUGGAAGACAAGGUCCAAAGCUUGGAGAAAGUAUGGUCAUUGGUUGAAGAAGAAUCUUCGAAAAAUCCUAGCCCUGCCCAGAGGGAGAAGGUGCUGGAGAAACAGCUACAUAGCCUCAUUGAACAAUUGACAGCCAAACAAGCUCAAGCUGAAAGGCUCAUGACCGACAUCCAUGCCAAAGAAAAUGAUCUGGAAAGAUUGAACAACCUGCACAGAAAUCUUCACAGCGGCUCCAGCGAAGCGGCUGCACCAAGGAACCGGUUCACCAGAGGGCUUUUGAGCGGCGACGAAGAUUCAGACGCCAGAGCUUUCCGGAGACCCGGCCAGCCUGGUGGUGUUAGAACGGAAGGCCAGAAGAGGCUGAUGGUUCUUAGGUCUGCUUUCGUUCUCUACAUCCUGGUACUUCAUAUUGUCGUGUUUAUAAAGAUAUCAGUCUCAAAUUAAGGACUGAUGGUGUUUUUUUACUGUGGUAGAGAUUGACUUGUUUAUUGUACCCAACAUUCUUGUAACUUGUAAGACAUACGGUUGUGUUUUAAAAAAAAAGCUGACUGAUGUAAGCACAUCCAUACAGAAACUGUAAUGUUUGUACAAUAACAUAAUAUACGGUGUUGGUGCGCAUGAA